AUGAACAAACGCAAGAGACACAAAUUUAAACCAUUCUGGACCGAGAAUACAUUAAAGUUAUCACAACAUCUCUGGAUCAAUGAUGAUGUAAUUCACAAGAGAAGCAAAGGUUCAUGGUUCUCGGUAAAUGAACAAAUAUCCAUAAACGAUAUCGAUAGUCCUGAAAUCAUAUUCAAAAGUAAUGAGAAAAAAGAGGUCAAUAGAUUAACAGUCAUACCCAACAAAAAAGUUAACGGUCUGUUAAAGACACGUAAGAUCAGACUGUAUCCAAACGAUGAGGAGAAACGAAUCUUGAAAGAAUGGAUGCGGGCAUCCACAUGGACCUAUAACCGUGCAUUGGAACUGAUCAAUUCCGGUGAAUCAAAGGGUAUCACUCACCUGAAAAGAUUAUGUGUGAACAAGGAUAGUGUAGACGCAAGGAUAUCUUCAGUACCAUAUGAUGUUAGGGGUGACGCUGUGAUUGAUUUGUUGAAUGCUAUCAAGAUUAACGAAAACAAAAGAUUUGAGAUGAAGAAACGAAAAACAAGAUGUUUUGUCGUUCAAGCCAGAAAAUGGAAUACCAAAGGUGGUAAAAAAUACAAGUUCCUUAAACAUAUCGAGACCAAGGAACCAAAGCCUGAGGUUGAACACGCAGUUAGAGUCAAGUUGGAUAGAUUGAACAGGUUCUGGAUGUGCGUACCAGUUCCACUAGAGACGAAAACCAGGAUGUCAAACGGUAUUCUAUCUAUUGAUCCGGGUUCACAUACUUUUCUCACGUGUUACAACCCUAGAGGUAGCGUCAUCGAGAUCGGUAACAACGAUAUACAAAAGAUUAGAGACAUACAGGACAGAUGUUUCAAAUACCAAUCGAUAAUAGAUACAUCUCUUGGUCCUGAGAACAAGAGAAAGAGACAUCGUCUGAGAAACAAGAUACUCAAGACGUACAAAAGGAUCAGAAACAUGAUAGAUGACAGUCAUCGUAAAGCGGCAAAGUACUUGUGUGAACAUCAUUCUCAGAUACUGAUCCCGGAUUUCAGAACCAAGGACAUGGUUAAUAAGAAACAGAGAAGGAUCAAUAAGGAAACGACCAAGCGCUUGAUAUCAUGGUCACACCGCAAGUUCCUGUACUUCUUGAGGCACAAGGCUCGAGAGUACGGCACUAACAUUGUUGAGUGUACCGAAGAGUACACUAGCAAGACGUGUGGUCAUUGUGGAAGACUGAACGAUAAAUCAUCCAAAGAUUUCAGAUGUGAUCAUUGUGAUCUGUUUGUAGACAGAGAUUUCAACGGAGCGAGAAACAUCUUGCUCAAACACUUGACGGAAAAUAACGGGUUCCUACACCCGAACGAUUGCUGA